AUGAGUACGGAGAAGGAGGUCGAGGAGCUCAUAGACGAGCUUUUCUCUGUUCCUGAGGACGACACUCCGUCAGCUCCCGUGGAUCCUCAUCUAUAUCCCGAGCAGCUUCUCCACAUCGCUCCACAGGGCAACAAGUACUACCACUCACUCCAGCAGUAUAAAAGGCAGUUCCUAGAUGACCUGCUGGAAGGCAGUGUGAUUAAUUUUGCUCAUUCGAGGUUGAACACUUUGCUGAGGAAGAAGGUUAGUCUGUGGGACGGCAAUGGUACAGAUGUGCCUGAGCUGCUGUCUGCAUCCGAGUCGGCACCAUCGGUGCUGAAAACUGCCAAUGCCUUAUUUUCAUGGUCUUCGGGGGACCAGUAUAUUCGAGCUAGAAAGGAGGAACUACGAAGUAGAUCGAAAAGCCCAGUGCCGGUCACGUCGCCUACUAAGCCUUCUUUCCAAGGCGUGAAGAAGCCUUCGUUUCCUGUCAGACUACACCAGGUGGUGGACAGCGAGAGUAACAAGUUCAUACAAGAUCGGAUUGACAUUAUUAAGGCUCGUCGUUUGGAGCAGGCUUCCAAGCGGGUCAGUGAGCGGAAGCAACGGGAUCAUGAUAGGUACAUGGAGCGGAUGAGACAGAAGGAGGAAGAGUACGAUAAAGCAUUGAAUGCAGCUAUCAAGCUGAAGAAGGAAAAUAAAAACCAGAAUUUCUUUGGAACGUUGUUCAGUUUCGGUAAGAGCUCGAAGCAUCAAAACAGCACCGAUGCUUCGGAUAACAAUCUGGAUGUGAACACCAUCUCGAGCUCUAAGAGCUCCAUAGACAAUCCAAUGGCGGCCAUAGAUAGCCCUAUGCAACCCAGAAGCUCGAUGAAGAGUAAUGAACUUCCGGUGACCCCAAAAAGAGAUACAAAUCAGGCAGAAGCUUCGUCGCCAUUAAAGACGAAUGUGCCAGCCUCUCCUGAACCGCAGAUUGUUGGAAUUGAUGAUGCAUUCGCCAGCAUGGCAGUCACUUCAAACGAAUCUGACAAAAAUACUGGAGGCAUUGAUGAUCUUCUCGGUCUGCCGCCACCGCCGCAAUCAAAGAUUCCAUCACCCCAAAAGCAUAGAUUCAUACCGCUUGGAGCAGUACCCAAGAAACCAUCUCGUAAUGACCAAAACGCAGAUCACAGUGAGGAUCUCCUACAAUUAUAG